AUGUUCUCUGCCACUCGGCCUGCUGUGGAAGACGAAAAAGAAGGAUGUCCUAUUAUAUAUCUCUCCAACGACGACACUGCGGAAGGUUGGGAAGUGGUUCUGGGACAAUUUUACUGUGGCAGGCUGGGUUUACCCAGUGACCCCCUCCCGUUCACUGAAAUUCGUGCCAUGCUUCAUCUAGGACACAAAUACAAAUUCGAAACCAUGAAGGAAGAGGCGGUGAAGCAAUUGAAGCAAAUCUUCCCGAGGAGCUACGACGAAUGGACCAGUCAGAUCCGCCACUUGCGACGAGACACACUCAUCCACAACUCUAAGACCACCACCGUUGUGGACGCUAUCAACCUCGCGUACUUGCUGCGCCUGAAGACAAUCCUACCCACGCUUUUGCUCGAGGCGUUCUAUCCAAAGUUGAAAUACCCGUCAAUUCUCUCGGAUGGCGUUGCAACUCCAGACGGCCGAGUCACAAGGCUCCUUCCAGAGGCCGUGGUGUCAAUCUCCGUGGGCCGCGAAAGGCUAUAUGAGGGUUUGAUCAAUCACGUUCUGGCCCACAUCCAUAGUCCAAAGCAAAUCCCCACUCAAGGCUGCAAGCGACCGGCGUACAAGACCGCGGAAGAGCCUUGUACUUCCGUUCGAGCGCGCCUCCUGGCUGAAAUAGCACAUCCAAAGAUGUCGUUGGUCACCUGGAUCGAGGGAUCUCGGAACUGCGAGAAGUGGCACUCCGCGCUCUGUCAGUCAUGCUUUGAACAUUCCAUUCGACAGCUCAAGCAAGGUCGAUUGAAGCUAUGGGAGGAGCUACCGACAUAUUUUGGUUUGCCCCCUUGGGACCAGCUGAAAGAUUUCGCCUAG